AUGUUGUCGAGGCCCGUUUCCAGCGCCAAGCUCUUGAGACGUCGACCACGCAUCUCCGCAGCGAGGUUUGCGACAGUCUCUCCGCAUGUCAUCCCGCAAACCCAACCUCCUCCACCCCCGAAACCAGCUGAACCCUUUGUGGAAUCGUCCAAAACACCCUUCAUCGACUCUCGCGUCCUCAGAGCUCUCACUGCUCAACCGCCAGCAACAACCUUGCAUGAUAUAAUCAGCCACUACCUGGAUGAGACCGGGAAUGUGUUGGACGUAACCCUGCCUUAUGAACCAACGCCCUCGAAAGAGAGAAGAGUCCAGUUCGAUGAUGAUGAAAGUAGCCGGGAGGUUGUUACUGUUGCCCAUUGUGCAAAGGACGGGGACAAUCACAAGGUUACACUUUCGUCUGGGUUUGGGCUGAACGUUCCUGGGUGGCAGGAGGAUGAAAUCUUAAUAGUGACUUGCGCUCAUACACUUGAAGAGAUUCGGCAGUCUCCCCUUCUCCAGAUGAAGGAGAUACCACCCUCAAAUCCUCACCCGAUUCUUACGGGGACGUUCAUAUGUAUAGGCUCGGGAGCCUCGCUGAAGGUCUACCCUGCUUCGCGCAUCGUCUCUGCCCUACCACGUUCCGACAUUGUGCUUCUGUCAGUCCCACUACCUCCAGGGACACUGAAGUCUCUCCCCCUUUCGCCGUACCCAGCACCCCUUAACACCCCCAUUCUCGCGCACUUUGUAUCCCCGACGCCUGUGCAUGGUGCAGGGGACUGGAAGCCAUGGAUCGGCGACACUUAUGGUGCGUGGAAACACGGACGUGUAGUGGGCUACCGGGACUUCAGUGGCCGAGAGACGCAGCCUGGAACAUAUGAUGCGUUGAGCCAUAUGUUGUUCACCCCGUUCCCGACGGCUGGCUCGAGUGGUGGCCCUGUGGUGGACGCAGAGACAGGUGCAGUUGUGGGCGUCAUGCUUGGUUCGAGGAUGGACAAUGCAAUUGCCGGUGUGAAGGGCUGGGGUGUCCCUUCUGAGACCAUAUUUGAGGCAAGUAUGGGAUUCAUACAUUUCAAGGAUGUGUUGUUAAUUAAGGCGAAUACUGCAGAUGUUCUCUUUGCCUGGACUAGAAGGAAAGAAGUAGACGCUGGAGAGGCACUCUGUACAUUAGAUAUUACAUACUAA